GGUUCGGAUGCGGGAGACUCUUUAAGUGUGGCGGUGGAUGAGAUGCUAAAAGACGAAUAAUCGUGAUUUCCAACGUAGGAGAGAAGAGAGAGAGAAAAAACCAAAGCCACCACUCCCGUUUUCUUCCUUCUCUCCGCCAGUCCAGGACGCAAAUGUCUCCACGGCACAGACUCGCCACUGGAUUGUAGCAGCAGCCCCACCGAUGGUUUAAAAAAGGGCGUUAAGGUGCGGGAAGGGAGUGGGACAAUUACAGGAUGAGUGAGCGAUACACGCAGAUCGGAAGCAAAGCAGCUCUACUUCUAAUGGUGCUCGUGAUCAGCGUCUGCGAGAUGUCCGAACCGACAGAAGGAACGACAGCAGCGCACCACGUCCGGACGGGCACCUGCGAGGUCGUGGCGUUGCACCGCUGCUGCAACAAGAACAAGAUUGAGGAGCGGUCGCAAACCGUCAAGUGCUCCUGCUUCCCCGGACAAGUGGCCGGAACCACCAGAGCCGCCCCGUCAUGCGUAGAUGCCUCAAUAGUGGAACAGAAGUGGUGGUGUCAGAUGCAUCCGUGCCUUGACGGGGAGGAAUGCAAAGUUCUUCCUGAUCUGAAGGGCUGGAGCUGUGCUACGGGGAACAAGAUCAAAACGACCAAGAUUUCUGCUGACAGAGACCAGCUUUGGUAACGUCAGAUGCUUCACAGCGGAGUCCAGAUGAACCAACAGCUCUGGUCUGUCGGAUCAUAAGAAGGAGAAGAAAAAUGCAAAGGACCUUUCUGUAAAUAGAGACUUUCUUCUGGACUGCAAUUAAUCUUUUGGAAAAAAAACUUUUCUUCUUGAACUCUGUGGACAUCAAAGAGUGGAGUUCUGUUUGAAGGACGUAUGAUUAGCCUUACUGGACAACAGGAUUUAAUCUCUGACAUUACUCGUAGUGGAACGCAGCGAUGAACUUUAUGUUAACUUCUAGAGUAACGUGUCCGUCACCAGGGAUCCUGCAUCACGGCGUUGUCCGGAGCGAACGGCAGGUCAGUAUGUUGUAUCGCAAACACUGAGACGCGAAAUGAGAUUUUUUGUUUUGUUUUGUUUAACAGUCGGUUUGUGGCUUUUCUUCUCUAACAAAGUGUCGUUUUCAAAAAGUUCAAAUACAGGUGAAAGUGUGCGGCCGAGCGGCGGGUUUUCAGGGUGAUUUUCAAAGGAAUACAUGAACACUCAUCAUUAGCGGUGUAGUAGGUGUUCCAUUCAACCCAGAUGCUGUUGAACAUUCAAGGACUGCUUGACUAAGCCGGUACUGAAAGCGCUAUAAACUGAUCAAACCUACCAGCUGUUAACAGACAGGAAAAAAAAAAGCUGAAUCCAGUCAUGGUCUAUUUUUCCUCUGAAAAUCACUCUCAGCCACCUUCUGCCACUUCUGUCAGAUUUUUCUUUUUUCUUUUUCUUUUUUUUCUUUUUUUGGUAUCGCAGCUCCGGAGUUCAGAUUUUUUGACAAGAGCAGUGUAAAUUAAAAACACAGCAUCUGGUCGCCAGCGGGGUGAUGACAGCACAUCGUUCCCCCAAACUGUUUUCAACUAGUUACUCCAGUCUGAUUUGCUGAUCACCUCUCAGCAGGUAUCGCUGACACCUCCUUCGUCUGUGUAAGUGAUGACAUCAGUAAUAAACUAUGGUU